GAAAACUUAUACUAAAAGAAGACACAGCACAGAUGGCGGCCUUAUCACUUAUAAGUGAUUUCUUCCAGGCAACCAACUAAAGAUGUUGUUUACGAUGUGAUAUGACCACCCUGUGGAUAUGACUCUAUAGCAACCUUGUUUGUUAGUAAACUCAUGGAAAGUGCAUGGAAACAAACAACUAGAUGGACUUUACGUCACCCCGAACGACGAUAGUAAACAAGAAAAUAUCACAAUAUUAUGACACAAAGUGGAACAAUUUUCUUCCCACUAAUUCAAUAAUGUCUGGGAUAAAAAAAGCUAGCUUGAUAACAACUGAUUUUGAAGUGUUUGGAAAGGUUCAGAUGGUAUUCUUUCGCAAGUAUACGCAGAAAAAAGCUCAAGAGCUGGGACUGAAAGGAUGGGUGAUGAACACACCGCAAGGUACAGUUAUUGGUCAGCUACAAGGGCCCCAUAACGCGGUUGAAGAUAUGAAAAUCUGGUUGCAGAAAAUCGGGAGCCCCAAGUCUAAAAUCGACAAAACAGCUUUUCGGAAUGAAGGCCCCAUCAACAACACCGCUUUCAGGUCUUUCGAAAUACGAGGAUAAAUUGAAUUCUGAAAGGGUGCUGCCUGAUUUACUAAUUAAAUUAUUUAUGUAACA